AUGAACCCUGAACUCGGCCAGCGGCCAUUGUCAGAAGUGAGUCCCAUGGCUCAACAACGAAAUUCACCAGUCUGGAGCCAGAGCACCAAGACGAUGAAGAGCAUGGAGUCAUCACCUUAUGAAGCUCCAUCACCGCGUCUCUUCUGGCAAGGCCGCGAAUCCGGAUCGCCUUUCCAGAGGGGUUCAGAAAAUCAGGCCCCUUAUGACCCAGAGGCGUCCUUUACGCCGACAAAGCGGCCAUCUCUCGAGAAUCUGAAGCGCCAAUCGAGAGUCAGGAACAGCCACAUGCUCCGUGACUACAAUCAGGAGUACGACCCAGCUCAUGUUUAUGUUCCCCAGAGACCACUGGCCACAGCAAAGUUGCCGCAGCAGCAAUCGUCAACGGCCCAGCCAUCGCAAAUCCCCCGUGGCCGAGACACCACCCAGCGGAUAGGACCCAGACCACCAUCUCCCAGCAAGGAUCAAGUGCCACCAGCGAAGUCCUCUUUGUCCCGAGCGAGCCGGUUUGGUGUAAAGGAUGCAGCCUUCGACCCUGAAAGCGAGAUCUGGUCGGACGCCGACAGCCGAUACCCCAAAAGUGUCACUUUCGAUGCCGCGCCACCCCAGGUGAAUGAGUAUGAGAUGACCACGCCAGAUCCAUCCUCUGUCGCAUCUGGGUCACGCGAUGGUAGCUACGACUCGGAGUACGAUGAAGCCGACAUCAGCUUCGAUCGUGAAUCUUCCAUGGACCGUGAGGAUAGUUUCGACGCUUCGCUAGAGGACCUCGAAAAAACCCCCGUUGUUCUACCCGAGGAUUGGCGCUACAUGAGCCCAUCAAACGCGAAUGAGGACUUGGUGAAAGAGGACGAGGAUCCCUUUACCGAAGAUGACAAUGAAAGCCACGGCGCUGAUCUGCGGCCGUCAUCCCGUCAAGAAAUAUCUGGGAAGCACUCGCAUGUCGAGCCAUUAGAAUCUAAUGAAGAACGCCGUCCUUUACCCCCUCUUCCCGCAGCUGGUCGAACCUCAUUCUCUCCGCGCGCGUCAUCGCCCGGCAAGCUGGCCGCUGCUUUUGAGCGGGGGAGUGGUGGUCAGCGGGUUCUGCCAUCACCUCCUGGUCCAGCCUCCUAUACCAAGUCUGACAUCGCCGAAUUGGGCCAUACUUCGAUGUCCAUAGACGAUAGACUGCGACUGAUGAUGAUCCAGGACUACGAACGGGAGGGAGACGGUCCUCAGCACCAGAGUCGAGAAGAGCCUCAGUCGAAAGCGGUCGAAAAACAACCUGACCAUGCUGACCAUAAGGAAGAUAAUGUCAAGGUAAGCGACGACCAACCGGUGGAUGAAACUACGGCGGACGCACCUGGAAGGUAUUCGCCUCCCCAUAUCUCUAGAGACUCAAUCUUGAGGGAUCUUCGCAAGAGUGAGAGUUUCAUGGAUGAUUCCUUUGAGACCUCUUCUCAGGUUGAGUCCAAUCCUGACCACUACGUGAAUUAUGACCCCGAUGUUCCCAUCCCAUCGCUUGAGCAUGAUAACGAUUUCGAUGACGAUGAAGUUGAUGCCAAAAGCGUUAUUAUCAAGCAAGAAGAGCACGAACAUGACCUUUAUGACAUACCUGAUUACUAUGAAAAUGUCCCUUCGAAGGACUCCUCGUUCAAGAGCCUGAACGACAAGCAUAUUACUGAUGACAAGAGCCAAUACUCCAGCGACCCCCCUGAACACAGUUCGGACCAGUUCGAUGAAGGUCAGACAACACCUGUCCCUGAAGACCGGACCGAAAAUGGUCAAGGCAAGCAGCCGCCUCCUGAGGAGCAGGGGGGGGAGUCUCAGCAGCGACCCAUGACACCGGAGUGUUAUGACCAAGUGUCGGAGCCCUCGACUCCGGAAUCGGUUAUUCGACAUCCCACGGGCAGCGAUGGCAGUGAUCGUGACGCAUCGCCGUCUGAGGAGUGCGUGCCAGAACCGGUUGCGACCAUCAAAGCCCGUGGAGCUGGCCUCAAGACGCGCCCAUCGCUGACUCCUGCCGAUGUGGAAUCGAUGGCGGCCACCCGGCGUCAAGUUAGCGGCCAACAACCUCCCCCAAUGCCCUACACCAACAGUCAGAAGGAGCCUGACGCACCCGAGAAUGCUGCUGAUCAGCCUACCGCCUCUCAACCCGCCAAGGAGCCCAUCCAGCGAAAGAGUAGUCUCAUGAAACUGGAUAUCCCCUUUAGUAUCCAGGAAGAGAGCCUUGGAUUUGGCCUGGAUAAGGAAUUUGACCGAGUGAUCGAAACCCAAAAGGUUGCGUUUGAGCUGUCCCUCUCCCAGUUGUACUCCCGUGCAACGAGAACCCCCCAGGCCCAGGAUCCCUUAGUUUCGUAUGCUGACGAGCAACCCCGCAAACAGAGAGGCUACCUCAUGCGACAGAACACGCGAAUGAUCAUCGCCAGCAGUCGCCCCGAGGACGAGCCUGCCCCUCCCCCUACUGAAGGCCCAAGCGAUCCCCAUGCUGCAAGAUCCCCAGGGCCGUCUCCGCGUAAAGCAAGCCAGCAAACCUGGACCACCGUACCCUGGAACGGCCAGACGCGUCGCUCGAGCAUAAGAACUCCUUCCAGUGCAAUCCGGAAAAAGCCCGUGAACAGCUCCGUGCCACCACUCCCCGGACAGCAGAGUAACGUUCAAGAGACCCCGGCAACCAUCGAGGAAUCCGAGCUGGCACUAAAUAACGCCCUGGAGGAGGGAGAAGAACGUGGCCGCCUGUUUGUCAAGGUCGUUGGACUGAAGUAUCUGGAUCUUCCGGUACCACGUGGUGAGAGAUCAUACUUCUCUCUUACACUGGACAAUGGCCUACAUUGCGUGACAACCGCCUGGUUGGAGCUGGGAAAAUCCGCCCCCAUCGGGCAAGAAUUUGAACUUAUUGUGCAGAAUGAUCUUGAGUUCCAGCUUACUUUGCAGAUGAAAGUGGACGACGACCGAUUCCGAAGCCCCGAGCUGGCUCCUACUGCGUCGCCUACACGACCGAAGACGUCGACAUUUAGCCGGGUGUUUGCUUCACCCCGGAAGCGCAAGGAAUUGGACAUGAAGCAACAGCUUGCCUCGCAGCAGCAGCAGAAGAGUAAAGAUGUCAAUGCCGGGGUGUGGGACCGACUCCGGUCGCUCAUUGCGCGUGACGGUAGCUUUGCUCGCGCAUACGUGGCACUUAGCGAUCAUGAAAAGCAUGCAUUCGGACGCCCUUACACCGUCGACGUCGCUUGUUUCAAUGAGUGGGCGGUUGAGGAGCAGCCCAGUAGUGUGAAGAGCAAGAAAAGUACCUCGAGCUCCGCCUCCCAGCGCCGACCCCCUUACAAGAUUGGCAAACUAGAAUUACAGCUAUUGUUUGUUCCCCGGCCCAAGGGUGCGAAGGACGAAGAUAUGCCGAAGAGCAUGAAUGCCUGCAUUCGAGAAAUGCGCGAGGCUGAAAGUGUGUCGGCGCGCAGUUGGGAAGGUUUCCUCUCCCAGCAGGGAGGCGAUUGUCCAGUGAGUUUUGUCCCCCAGGAUGGCAUCCAUCCUCGGUCAAUCGUGACACUGACGAGUUUGCUGCAGUAUUGGCGGCGUCGGUGGUUUAAGCUGCAGGGCUCCAAACUGACCGCCUUCCAUGAGACCACACGGCAGCCGCGGGCUACCAUCAAUUUGUCCAAAGCCGCCAAGCUGAUUGACGACCGGUCUACCCUGACGCAAAAGGAGACCACGGCCCGGGGGGGUAGACGCCGCAAGUCUGCGUUCGCUGAAGAGGAAGAGGGGUAUAUGUUCGUGGAAGAGGGCUUCCGGAUCCGCUUCGGCAACGGCGAGGUGAUUGAUUUUUAUGCCGACAGCGCGGCGGACAAGGAAGGCUGGAUGAGGGUGCUGGCUGACGCUGUCGGGAAGGGAACCGGUGGUAGCAGCCAGGUGAAGCCAUGGACUGACUUCGUGCUGAAGCAUGAGCGCAGUCAAAAGGCACGCAGGGAGACAGGAGAUCGCUUCUCGCACGCGGGCCCUCCGCCGGCACGCAAGGACGUGGCGCAAACCCCCGCGUCCCGCGUGCCCGAGCCGGCAGUGGCAUCGCCUCGGCCUCGACACCGGCACACGCAGUCGCAGCCCGAAGUUCGCAGCGCGGAUGCUCGACGCAACAAGGCGCGAUCAUUGAUGUUUUAG